GCCUGCCUGGAUUUCUUACACACCAAAGCACAACAGCAAACCAGGCACUGGUUUUCCCCUGGUCAGCUGGCCACGCUAACGGCGCUUCCAUCCUUUCUUGUUUGCGUGCAGAUUUACGCCCAGACGGUCGCGUUGCAGGAAUCCGGGCGCUUCCCCUUUAAGGCAACGGGCGUGGCUUGCGAGGUGGGGAAAGCGGGGCCGGCGAUGAAAGUCCCUUGAGCCGGCGGCAGCCCUGCCGAGAGAAGUGUGUCGGAGCAGCUCCUGCGAGGCGAGGGGGGCAUCAUGAGUGGGCACGUCGGAGAUCUGAGCCCGAAGCAGGAGGCUGCGCUGGCUAAGUUCCGUGAGAAUGUCCAAGAUAUCCUCCCAGGACUGCCUGCACAGGAUGACUACUAUAUCUUGAAAUGGCUCCGAGCCAGAUGUUUUGAUCUCCAGAAAUCUGAAGCGAUGCUCCGUAAGCAUGCUGCAUACCGGAAACACAUGGAUAGUGAACAUAUCUAUGAAUGGCAGGUUCCAGAGGUUAUUGAGAAAUACAUGACUGGGGGAGCGUGUGGUUUUGACCGGAAUGGUUGCCCUGUCUGGUAUGAGAUCAUUGGACCUCUCGAUGCCAAAGGGAUCCUCUUCUCAGCUUCCAAACAAGAUUUGCUCAAGAAAAAGUUCAAGGACUGUGAGAUCAUACGGAAAGUGUGCGACCAGCAGACUGAGAAGCUGGGCAGGAAGAUUGAAACAAUCACCAUGAUCUACGACUUUGAAGGGCUAGGCCUGAAGCAUCUCUGGAAGCCAGCCGUAGAUGCCUAUGGAGACCUUCUUGCCAUGUUUGAAGAGAAUUACCCUGAGUCCUUGAGGCGUAUUUUUGUGAUCAAAGCUCCCAGGCUCUUCCCUGUAGCUUACAACCUGGUGAAACACUUACUAAGCGAAGACACUCGUAACAAGAUUGUGAUCUUGGGAUCUAACUGGAAGGAAGUCUUGCGCAAGCACAUUGACCCUGAUCAGAUCCCCGUUGAAUAUGGAGGUACUCUCACGGACCCAGAUGGAGAUCCCAAAUGUAGGACCAAGCUAAAUUAUGGUGGAGAUGUUCCAAAAAAGUACUACGUACAAGAUCAACUGAAACAGCAGUACGAUCACUCGGUGAUUGUGAACCGGGGAUCCUCCCAUCAGGUGGAAUACGAGAUCCUCUUUCCAGGUUGUGUUCUUAGGUGGCAGUUCAUGUCAGAAGGAGCUGACAUAGGCUUUGGAGUCUACUUGAAAACCAAAGUUGGAGCCCGUCAGCAUGCUGGUGACAUGACUGAAGUGCACCCCAACCAGCGCUACAAUGCCCACAUGGUGCCUGAAGACGGCUCCCUCACCUGCACAGAUGCUGGUAUUUACGUCCUGCGAUUUGAUAACACAUACAGCUACAUCCAUGCCAAGAAAAUCAGCUAUACCGUAGAGGUGUUACUGCCAGACAAGAAAUCCGAAGAGCAGUUCCAGCAGCUGGAAGACCAUACGAAGGAGCUUAAAAUUAACCAUGCCUGAUUGAACUGAUGCCCUUCCUAUGCAAAAACCCAGCUGCCUCUCUCCAACCAAUUUGAAGUGGUGGUGGUGGUGAUAGGGUGUAUAUAGGGUGAGGAAUCAGACUGAAUUCUUCAACGGUAGAAGAACAUAGGAGAUUUGGGGAGAUAAUUGGGGGUCGGGGGGCUAAUGUUGGAGGUGAUCUUGCCUUGCAGCAGUUGGACAUGAGAGUAUGUUCUUCCUUGUAGUCCCAAAUGCUGCGGGAAAUGACGGAUCCCCUUCCGCUCUGUGGUUGUAGGUGGACUGACAGGGUAAAGCUUAUACAGUUGGAGAACUGGCAUUAAAGAGAUAAUAUCUGGGAGACGCUGCCCGCUCUGCCAAUCUAAACUGCCCAAAACUUGUAUCUGGUGAAAAACCGUUGGGAUAGCCUCUGUGUUCACAUAACGAUUUACGUCUUCAGACCCGGAUGUAAGGAGAGUGGCAGCGGGGGGCGGGGGGCAGGGGAGAACAGCACCCUGACAGAUGCCUCCUAGAAGCCCAUAUUCAGGGCAUCACCCCCACUCCCUUGUUUACUGCCUCUGAACAGAGGUCCCCUUUUGUUGGCCAUUAGCAGGCCUUUUAGCAAUCACAUCUUGACUUUUUUAAAAGGAUCGCACAGCUAAACUAGUGCCCAUUGCCUGCUCUUUGUGGCAUCGAGUUCCACAAGUUAAAUUACAUGUUGCGCAAAAAAAGUCUUUUGUCCUCAGAGGCUUGUUUUUUAAAACAGGCCUGCAGAAUUUGUGCCCUACAAAAUCAAGUGCCAUUUCCCAGCCAUGUAUGAUGGUUCCUUGAUAACCCUGCUGGUUUUGCAGUCUAGGAGGAAUGCUUUUUAAAAAGGAUGCAGAAGUUGACUGUGUGAAGAGGCCUCCAAACAACUUUUCCUACCCUGCAGUUUGCUGCUAAUCUAUUGCCUUCAGCUGUUAAGCUCAGGCCUCGUUUACUUGCUGGCCUAGACUUUCAGCAGAAGGGUAAUCCGGAGGGUUACCGGCUGCCACCUGCAUGGCACUCACUUUGAAUGUUCAAAAAUCUUACUCAAGAUUUGCAGGCGGAUUGCACAACAUUUUUGUAGCUGGCCUAGCGAAGAUUGUUUCCAUUGCACUUGCCCUCUGAGCUGUGGCAAUGGAGAGAAAGUGUAGGAGGAGUUCAUCUAGCUCUUUCUCUAGGACAUCUCUAAGGAAACUUCGAGUGCCUGUUCAAGAUGGGAAGCUUCCGGUCGGAUUGCAGCAGAAGGUUUCCCAUCUUGAUCCGUUGUCCCUUAGCUUGCAGCAAAACCUGAGGGCUUCUUGCCAUCACUGGAAUAUCCAAAAGCAACAUAGCACUUUGUACUCCUUUGUCUUUAUUGUGGUUGUUUCCUAUGUUCUCAGAUAUUAGAAAUGUUAAUAAAUUAAUGUCUGUCAA